AACGUGCUUUCAUCGUCUGCAUGGCGGGAGUCUCGAUCCGCAAAGUUUGGUGAUGGAAAUAUUGCGGAAGAGCUUUCACGAAUCGCUCUCUGUUGUCUCAGAAGCAAUUGAUUCCGCGUCGUUCCUUGCGAUUGACGCCGAAUUUUCGGGACUAAAUGUGAAGUGGGGAGUUCAAAAUUCAUUUGAUACUCCGCAGGAGCGUUACUUAAAACUGAAGGAAGGAUCUAAAGACUUUAUCAUAAUUCAGUUCGGUUUAUGUACCUUUGCUUGGGACAACAAGCUAGAGCUGUUUAUUGCAAAGCCUUUUAAUUUUUACAUAUUUCCCAAGGUGUGGAAUCGACAGUGCCCUGAUGUCCGUUUUCUGUGUCAAAGUUCUAGUAUCGAUUUUCUUACAGAACACAACUUCGACUUCAAUAAACUUUUUUAUGAAGGAAUCUCCUAUUUACGGCCUCAUGACGAGCAGAAAUUGAGAGACCAUUUCAUAUCAAGAAACACACAAGAUUCGUUUACAUCGACGUCUCUUACUUCCCCCGACUCCACUUCUGAAGCUAACAGGGGAUCCUCGCAGAAGGCGCUAAAGAUAGUCCCCCCGGAACACCGUGACUUUGUGGAGAGAGCAUGCGAAAGUAUACAAGAAAUGCUUAAAGAUCCAGAGGGGAAGAUCACUCAGGUUCCACCAUGCAACGGUUACUUAAGGAAGCUGAUCUACCAAACUGCCAAACAGAGGUUUAAGGCAGGUAUUCACAUGGAGGCUGCAAUGAACGAAAAUAAAGAACGUUUUAUUGUAAUAACUAAAGUCAAUGAAGACGAAAAAAAGAAACUUGAAGAUGAGAAACAGGCCAAAGAAGACGAACUGAUUGAAAAUGCUGUGGGAUUUUCACAAGUUGUGAAAAUGAUAUCACAGUCUGGCAAAGUGAUGGUUGGCCACAAUAUGUUUCUUGAUUUGAUUCACACAAUUGAUCAGUUUUUGUGCCCACUUCCAGAAUACCUUGAAGAUUUUAAAGAAACCAUAAGUGCAGUAUUCCCGAAGCUUGUUGACACGAAAGUCAUGGCUAACACGCAACCUUUCAGAGAUCUCAUUCCAUCAUCAGUACUGGCAGAUCUUGCAAAGCAUGUCUCAAACAAGCCAUUCCAAAAGGCUGCAGUAAAAUUUGAUGAAAAGUUUUCUCACUAUGGUGAAAGUGAUGAGAAACCUCAUGAAGCUGCCUAUGAUGCUUACAUCACAGGGCUUUCAUUUAUUUCUAUGGCCAACUAUCUUGGUUCUUUUCAAGAACCUCCAAGGGUCAAUGUCUCACCAGAUUCCUCCUUAGUUGCUCCAUUUUUAAACAAAAUUUUUGUGAUGAGAAUGGAGGAUAUUCCUUAUCUCAACUUGGCUGGCCCUGACUUGAGUCCAUCCCGUGAUCAUGUGUUUUAUUUGACAUUUCCAAGUGAAUGGAAACAAGGAGACAUUCUUGAUUUGUUCAAUGACUUUGGAUUUGUCUAUAUCUCAUGGAUCAAUAGCACCUCUGCCUUUGUCUCACUUGCAAGAAGGGAAAAUGCUCACCAAGUUCUUGAUAAACUGGAUUUUGAAGGGGAGAGUUAUACAAUAGUUUCUUAUGCUGAGCAUACAAAGCAUCUUGAGGCUAUGUACGGGGAAAGCAUCGAAUACAAGAGAGAAACUCCUCUAAAGAGACGUAGACAAAUGGAAAUGAGUGCAUACAAAACUUCAUCACCCCUGGAAGUACAGGCAAAUAAAAGCAAGGAAAGCCCAAGCAGUGAACUAGAAGAUGGAGAGAUAGUGGAUGAUGAAGAAUCUCCAGAACCUGCUAAAAAGAAAAUGAAGAAGGAUGACAGGGUAUUUGAAGAACCAGAGGAGUGGUAAUGCCACAAUGGAACAGUUCCAGAUAAUUACACAUUGACUGUAACAGUUAGCUUAGCAAGCUACACGUAGUCACUUUGUAACUUCAGUAUUCUUUUUGCAGCACCCUUAAAUGUGUUUCAUUGCAGUAUUUUAAGUUUUGGUGACAGAAAUGUAAAAAGUAGCAGGCAUAAUAAUUAAUUUCCAAAUAAACUUUCUAAAUAGUGAGUUCUAUUCAGUAUCGCUUCAGCACAUUUUAUUUAAUUGACAUCCUUUUUUUUCAGUAGAAAAUUAAUCUUCCUGAAGAUGAUGAUUGUUAAAUAUGGUUCACUUAAAAUGCACAUGUGAACUAAGGGAAAAUGAUUUGUUGUGAAGGAGUACAAUUAAAACAAAAGUUGAAAAUCAA